UGCGUUUGCAUAGAAUAUUACGAUAUGGAAACGCAAAUGGUUGUUUCAACUUCUUUUUGCUUACUUGUUGUUAGUUGAUACUGAAUUGUUUCAAGUUGUGACAAUUUUUGUGUAUCUGAUGCUGAAAAUCUCCAUGCUUUUGGCAUCUUCUCGAUAUGUGCCAUUGACAAGAAGAUUAUGGCUUCCUCAACUACGUUCCUCUUCUUUGCUUUCUGUACCCAGCGAUGAUCAUAUCGUCCGUCUCAUUCUAGACCAGAAAUCAGCUUCUGGAGCUUUGGAAACUUUUCGAUGGGCUUCAACUUUUCCUGGGUUUAUCCAUUCUCGUUCCACUUACCGUGCUCUGUUUUAUAAACUUUGUGUUUUCCGUCGUUUUGAUACUGUCUACCAACUGCUCGACGAAAUGCCUGAGUCAACCGGUUUGCCUCCGGAUGAUGCUAUCUUUGUAACUAUCAUUAGAGGGUUUGGGCGUGCUCGAUUGACCAAACGUGUGAUUAGUGUUGUUGAUCUGGUUUCGAAAUUUGGGAUCAAACCAUCUUUGAAAGUUUUCAAUUCGAUCUUGGAUGUUUUGGUUAAGGAAGACAUUGACAUAGCUAGAGAGUUUUUCAGAAGGAAGAUGAUGGCUAGUGGGAUUCAGGGUGAUGAGUACACAUAUGGGAUUUUGAUGAAAGGGCUUUGUUUAACGAAUAGGAUUGGUGAUGGGUUUAAGCUCCUUCAGAUCAUGAAGACAUGCGGUGUGGCUCCAAACACUGUGGUUUAUAACACCUUGCUUCAUGCUCUUUGUAAGAAUGGGAAAGUUGGGAGAGCUAGGAGUUUAAUGAGUGAAAUGAAGGAACCAAAUGAUGUAACUUUCAACAUCUUGAUAUCUGCUUACUGCAACGAGCAGAAGUUGAUUCAGUCGAUGGUGUUGCUGGAGAAAUGUUUUAGUUUGGGUCUUGUUCCGGAUGUUGUGACGGUAACUAAGGUGAUGGAAGUGCUCUGCAAUGAAGGCCGUGUGUCGGAGGCACUCGAGGUUUUAGAGAGAGUGGAAAGCAAAGGAGGUAAAGUCGAUGUUGUAGCUUGUAACACCUUGGUUAAAGGGUAUUGUGCGGUAGGGAAAAUGAGAGUUGCUCAACGGUUCUUCCAAGAGAUGGAGAGAAAAGGUUACUUGCCCAAUGUGGAAACAUAUAAUUUGUUGAUUGCUGGAUUUUGCGAUGUUGGAAUGUUGGAUUCAGCUCUGGACACUUUCAAUGAUAUGAAAACAGAUGCGAUUAGAUGGAACUUUGCUACAUUUAACACGUUGAUCAGAGGGCUUUCAGUAAGAGGGAGGACAGACGAUGGUAUAAAGAUAUUAGAACUGAUGCAGGACAGCGAAACCGUUCAUGGGGCCAGAAUCGAUCCGUACAACAGUGUUAUUUAUGGCUUUUAUAAGGAAAACCGGUGGGAGGACGCUCUGGAGUUCCUGUUAAAGAUGGAGAAACUUUUUCCAAGGGCAGUUGACAGGAGCUUCAAGUUGAUUAGUUUAUGCGAGAAAGGCGGUAUGGAUGAUGUAAAGACGGCCUAUGAUCAGAUGACUGGAGAAGGAGGAGUUCCUAGUGUUAUAGUUUCCCAUUGCUUGAUUCAUAGAUACAGCCAAGAAGGAUACAUGGAAGAAACACUUGAGCUUAUUAACGACAUGGUCACCAGAGGCUAUUUGCCUCGAUCAUCAACAUUCAAUGCUGUGAUUAUCGGGUUCUGUAAGGAAGAUAAAGUCAUGAAUGGUAUCAAGUUUGUGGAAGACAUGGCUGAGAGAGGUUGCGUUCCUGAUAGAGAGAGCUACAAUCCGUUGCUCGAAGAGUUGUGCGUGAAGGGUGAUAUUCAGAAGGCUUGGUUGCUUUUGUCACUAAUGGUGGAGAAGAGUAUUGUCCCUGAUUCUUCUAUGUGGAGUUCACUGAUGUUUUGUCUCAGCCAGAAAACCGCAAUCCACUUGAACACCUCAUUGCAGGACAUAAUCGAAAGUUAAAGCCAGAGGCAGUAACAACUUUUAUAUGAUUGUUGAGCUCGAACUUGAGGCCUUGAUAAUGCAUCUGCAACAAAUACAAAUAUGGCUCCAAUUUCAGAGAGAUCAAGAUGGAUCUUUUGAAAGUCUGUUAAAAGCAAGGAGCUUC